AUGACAGACUCCGUCAGGCGUUUCACGGUCGUGACCCAGUUUAUCACCGCUACUUAUAAUUUCACCUUGCACCCCACUGUCCUGGCGGCGUUGUUAUGCGGGCCGACCGUACUCUCGUCACACGACAUAUUCGCCAGGCGCAAGCAGGGCCUGGUCAAAAAGGCCAUGGAGCUGUCGGUGCUAUGCGACUGCGAAGUUGGCCUCAUCAUUUUUGGUCGGGGGGAAUCUGGCCCCGGGGGAGGUGGCCAACGACUCUACCAGUACUCAUCCAUCAAUAUGGACGAGUUACUGGAACGUUACGCAGCAGCGGUGGCGGAGCCACAUGAGCGCCGAAAAAAUGGCGAGCUCCUGCGGCACUACUACGAGCUUUCGCCGGACGAGGAUGGAGAGGAGGACGACGGCGGCGCAUCGACGUCUCUUGCCGCUGCCGCAGCCAACAUGGCGGCGGUGGACAGCAUCAUCCUGGCGGGCGGAGGGCGUCGCAUAGACAGUCGCGAGGUUCCCCCGGGCGUGCUGAAGCGUAUGCGCAUGAACAGCCCGAGUGGCUUCGGAGCGGGCGGAGUUCUCACUGACCAUAUGCCCGCGGGUGCCAGCGGCGUGCCGAGACCGAUGCAAAUGGGGGGUUCGGGGCUCCCUGGAGCGCAGAUUGGGCACCUUGCGGUCGGGCAAGGCGGCAUGAUGAGCAAUGGCAUGGGGUCCUUGGUACCGUCUGGGCCGGGGGCCCCGCUGCGGCGCGUGGGGGGUCCCUCCAUCCCGUUGGAAGGCAUUAAGGCUGCUGGCUUCCUGGAUAAGCGGAACUACCCGGUGAGUCCUCGUAGUGACAAGGCGUUUGAGGAAAUCACUGCCGAGUUUGACAAAAUCACCGAGUCGCGGAGUCAGCGGGCGGGUAACAGCGGUCGCCAGAAUACGCCCACCGUGCUGCAGCCCCUGUCGUCAACUCUUGCAGCGCAGCAAAAGCAGUUGCAGCAAAUCCUGCAGCAGCAGCGGCAACAGCAGCAACAGCCGCAGCAGCAGCAAGCAGGUGGUGCGAAGCGUUUCAAGCCGUUAUCGAUUAUGGUUCCUGAGCUCCAGACGCAUCCCAUCAUCCCCACCAAUCUCACGCCUCUGAGUUCCGCACCAGUUGCCGGCGUUGCGGCGCCCGCAGCGCCCCCAGGCGCCGGAUCAGAGUCAUUAGGGCACGUUGGGGCCAACGGCAGUGGACCUCAAAGGCCACACUUGCAGCAGCAACAACAGCUUCAGCCGCACCCCUCCUCGCCCUUCAACAGCAGUCUUCAGCACGCGCAACACUCCCAGCACCACCACCAACAGCAGCAGCAGCAGCAGCUCAGUAGCCCCCAGCAGCAACAGUUAGGUGUUAAUCUUCCUCCCCGGCCACCUCUCGGGCGUUUGGGGAUAGGGCCCCGCCCGCCGUACCCUCAGCCGCAUGGUUCGCCGCUGAUAGCUGUCAGCUCGGGCACCCAGCACGGCAAUCAAAGAUUUCCAGGCUCGAGCACAAGCCCGCCCGGCCCGAUGGCUAUUUCGCCUACUGCGGCAGCUGCCGGGCCGCAGCUCAGUGCCGCCGCCAACGGGCCUGGGGAAGCCGGCGCGUUGGCAGUGCCAAUGGAAGUGGAGGGGGGUGAUACGGGCAGCGGCGGCAAUGAUAGCGGGGCCGGCCACGGUCCAUUUCUCCUAGGUCGCCGAACCGGCGGCGCGCUCGUUGAAGACGGGUUAGGCUCUAUGCUCGGUGCCUCGGCCUUCAGAACGUCCUUAGACGGCUCUGCAGCCCUAUUGGCAAUGCCCUCGCCGCCGUCGCACGGCGGCACAAAUGCGUUGUUCGGCUCUCUUGAUGGGGGUCCCCUCAGCAUGCGCAGCAGCGGUCAUGGUAUCCUGGGCUCAUUGAGUUCGCUGGAUCGCGGUGCAUCGUUGGGGCUGGGCGGCUUGGCCAUGAGCCUCGAAUCGCCGGGCGGACCCAUGGGUCUCGACACGGCGCUGCGGGGCCUGGCACCGAUGGACGGUUUGGACUGGCAGUCGAUGUCGCCAAGUACUGGCAACGGCGACGGCCAAGCUGGGGGCGGCGGCGGAUUCUCGGAUGAGGGCGAGGGCGGCACAGUUUUGGACGGCCUUAUCGUCCGCGGUACGGCGCUGUCCAAGCUGGCGCCGGAGGCACUUGAGGCGGCCAUCGGGCCUUCGCCGGACGCCGGCGGGGGGGGGACGCCCACGUCUGCACGGGCCCGGAUGUCGUUAUCUGCGUUUAGUGGCCAUGCCGUGACCUCCACUGCCGCCGCCGCGGCGGGGAAUCAGCCUGACGCCGGGACCUCUGCUGACCCAUAUCCACAACCUCUGUUGUCGUCGGGCCGUGGAGGGGUAGCGGGACAGGACGCGAGCGCGGGCGCCAGUACCGGCGCCG